GUACGAUCGAAACAUUUGUCUAAGCGUUUCGUCCUUGAACAUGGUUCUCGACUUACGCCACUGACCUUGCUUUAGUAUUACUGUUUAUUUAUAAAAUUAAAAGGAAUUUUGACAUUAAUAAUAAUAAAAAUCGAGGAGGAUAUGUGAUCGUUUGCACGUCCUACGUCAAUGACGCUAGGCUAUUUGACCAAUGAGUGAGUCGUCGUCUCCGGGGUGGAGACUAAUGACGUCUCCUCCAUCUUUGCAGCUGAUUUUUCGAUCAGGUUUUUAUAAGUGUGCCUCAUCUGAAAAAAUGUUUACUGUUUUUUAACUAUCGACGAUAAACAUGAGUAUGAUCGAACGUACACGCGGCAUGUCCAUCGAUGCCGAUUUGGCCGAUUUAAUAACAGAUGGGUCUGUGCGUACGGAUGGCAGCAAGUAUUCUUAUGAAGAAAUUGAAUCAAUAACUAAUUUCCUAUUGGGCAAGACCGAACAGAGACCGGAUGUUGGCAUUAUAUGCGGGAGUGGUAUGGGCGGCCUGGCUGACAUACUAGAAAACAAGGAGUCUUUCAUGUAUAAGGACAUACCAAACUUCCCUGUCAGUACCGUGGCCGGACACAAGGGGAGGUUGGUCUUCGGAACCCUGUGCGGAGUGCCUAUGGUCUGUAUGCAGGGUAGAUUUCAUGUCUACGAAGGUUAUUCCUUGUGGAAGUGUGCAAUGCCAGUCCGAGUUAUGAAAUUAAUUGGAGUCAAGACAUUGAUUGUCACAAAUGCCGCCGGUGGUUUAAAUCCCAACUUCAAAGUAGGUGAUAUAAUGUUGAUUAAGGACCAUAUCAACUUCCCGGGUUUUGCUGGUGAUAACCCAUUAAGAGGAAGGAAUGAUGAGAGAUGGGGACCACGUUUUCCUCCGAUGAGUAACUCCUAUGAUCUUAAACUGCGUAAUCUAGCCAAGGAAAUUGGCAAAGAAUUGAAUCUCGACCAGUACAUCAAAGAUGGAGUGUACGCCAUGGUCGGAGGACCGUCGUACGAAACAGUUUCUGAAAUAAGGGCUCUACGUACUCUUGGAGCUGACGCAGUGGGUAUGAGCACUGCACACGAAGUGAUUGCGGCCCGUCACUGCGGCCUCAGAGUGUUCGGCAUGUCGCUGAUAACAAACAUGUGCAUCAACGAAUAUGACUCCACUCAGACGGCAAAUCACGAAGAGGUGCUGGAUACAAGUGCCAAACGCAAAAGUGAUAUGGAGAAACUUGUCAGCAGACUUGUAGCAAGAAUUAACACUGUAUAACUACAAAGUACCUGCCAAAAGCAUAAUUUAUAAAAUUAUGCUUUUUAAUUUAAAAAGCAGAUUUAAGCUAUAAAACUGCUUGAUGUAUCAUUCCUUGUGUAAGAGAUUUUAAUGAAACUGAAGCACAAGCUUAAUUAUUCCAUUUAUUGUACUAAAUGAAUUGUCAAAUGAAAAACUAUAUUGUAAUAAUGUUAAUAAAAGAAAAUGUGUACAUGCAAUAUUUAACUGUCAAAAAA